AUGGCCAUCCAAGAGGCAGAGAAGGAGGAGGAGCACGAAGAAGAUCCCAUGUCAAAGGCUUUGGACAGAGCUGCAGACUCCGUGGCUGGGGAUGCUGAGAAGUCACUGGAGAAGAUGAAGGAUGAUGUGGCCAACUCGCUCGAGGCGUCCAAAGAUGAUGGCGCUGGCAAUGCUGCCGUGGAAGCUGCAAAGGAGGAGGAAGACACCGGAGAUCCGCCAGACGUGGACGACGAACUGCCUGGGCCUUUUUACACACGAGCCUGGUUUUUGGGCUUGGUGCUCGCUGCCUUCGUGGGGGUGACCUCCUACACUGUCUUACAGGUCAGGGCUGCCUCGGACUCGAAAGGCUCGGACGAGGACGAACUUGAGCGGACAUACGCGCACGACCCCAGGGCACCAGUUCCUGCGGAUGGCAAGGGCAAGAGCAAGGGGAAGGGUGCCCAGGCAGCUGCUGCGUAG